UAUAAUUUAUAUAAUUAUAUAUAUUUACAUAAUAUAUAAUUAUAAUAUAUAUUUAAAGAUUUUAUCUAUUUAUUCAUGAGAGACACACAGAGACGCAGGCAGAGGGAGAAGCAGGCUCCACGCAGGGAGCCCGACGUGGGACUUGAUCCGGAGUCCCCAGGAUCACGCCCUGGAGUGAAGGCGGCGCUAAACUGCUGAGCCACCCGGGCUGCCCUGUGUGUUCUGAUAUUUUAAUUGACCGCUUGCAUCUACCAAGUGGUUUGUAGGUGCAAGUAUCUGGAUUAUCUUGAGAACUUGCAAGAUGUGGCAGCCGUGUGCUUAACCGGGAAGCAGUUCGCUGGCCCCUUUGGUCUGCUCAGAAGCAGGCUCAGGUCGCCAGAGCCGCUCUGUUACAAACAGCCGCAUCACUCGUGGGUCAGCCCUCUGGGCCCUGCGAGGCAUUUGAGUUUGGGGCCUCUAAAUAUUUGGGUGGAUGGAUGUAGGGAUAUUUAGAACAUUUAUGCGGAAUUGGUCAGAGGUCCCAAAUAGUUCAAACUGCUGUUUCUUAUUCUUUUUUUUUUUUUUAAUCUUUUUUUUAAGAUUUUAUUUAUUUAUUCAUGAGAGACACACAGAGAGAGGCAGAGACACAGGCAGAGGGAGAAGCAGGCUCCAUGCAGGGAGCCCAACGCGGGACUCGAUCUUGGGUCUCCAGGAUCACGCCCUGGGCUGAAGGCAGAUGCUCAAGCACUGAGCCACCGCGGCUGCCCUAUUCUUACUCUUAUCAAGACUUCAUACAGGCAAGAAGCGUGUUUGCCCUGGUAAUAGCUCUACCUCACCGCUAGUCAAGGUUCCUGAAGUCGGAGACUUCCUUUAUUCACGGUGCCUGCUUAAAAAGACCCACCAAUUCCAGUUGAGAUCACCGUGGCAGCCAGACCUUUCCUUCCUCACAAGGAGCAGCAGCUCUUAUCAACAGCAACAUUGACAGAACCUGUGGUUUGGAAAAGGACUCAUGGCUUUGAGCCUAGGCUGGAGAACAUUUGCACCAUUUGCCACGAAUCACUGUAGUAUCUUUCUGAAAGCAGUGAGGAGUAGUGGUCUUUCCUUGUUUCCCUGGGGCCACUGCCCUUGGAGACAAACUGGCAGCUUUUUGGACCCUGAGAUGAAAGCUUUCCUGGAGGAGAACACUGAAGUCACCAGCAGUGGCAGCCUCACCCCUGAAAUCCAGUUGCGGCUUUUGACACCCAGAUGCAAGUUCUGGUGGCAGAGAGCUGACCUGUGGCCCUAUAGCGAACCAUACUGGGCAAUCUACUGGCCAGGAGGCCAAGCCCUGUCUAGGUAUCUUUUGGAUAAUCCUGAUGUUGUUAGAGGAAAGUCUGUGUUAGAUCUUGGGAGUGGAUGUGGAGCUACAGCUAUUGCUGCUAAGAUGAGUGGGGCAUCAAGGAUCUUGGCCAACGACAUAGACCCUAUUGCAGGAAUGGCUAUCAGACUGAAUUGUGAAUUGAACCAACUGAAUCCUUUUCCAAUUUUAACCAAAAACAUUUUGGAUUUGGAACAAGAUAAGUGGGACCUUGUUGUGCUUGGAGAUAUGUUUUAUGAUGAGGACCUUGCAGACAGUCUUCAUCAAUGGCUGAAGAAUUGCUUUUGGACCCACAGAACUAGAGUCCUGAUUGGUGACCCUGGACGACCCCAAUUCAGUGGACAUAGCAUUCAACAUCAGCUACACAAACUGAUAGAAUAUUCACUUCCAGAGCCCACUAGGAGGGAAAACAAUGGAUUGACAACAAGCACAGUAUGGGAUUUUCAGCCUUGAGUUAUCCAAGUGCUUCCAAGUAUGAAUAUAUUAUGUUUGGGUUUAACCUUAAAAGACUCUCCAGUUUGAAGCAUGUAGUUCUUGUUAAAUGGCAAAUCUUGUUUCUAAAAUAUGAAGUCUUAAAGUUUUGUCAGCCUUUGUCAUGUAAUUUUGUUCUGCAUUACAUCAAAUAUACAAAUCUCUGCCUGCAGUUUUCUAGUUUUACUGCUGUAGGAAUAGAAUCCUUGAGGACAAUACCAAAAUGGUAGCAACAUGUAAUUCAAGUAGUGGAGAGGAAUGAGAAAGUGUAGCGAAGUCUGUUUCAGUAGAUGAGGACAACUGUAGGUUGUAUCUUUGAAUUAGAUACAAUAAAAAAUAUAGAAGAAUACUGUAUGUCAAAAAAGUUACCUGUAAAGAUCAAAGAGGCAUCAAAGUGCCUCAUACAGUAUUUAGUACAUAAUAGGAUCUCAACUGGCAGUCCUGGAUAAAAAUAAAGAUUUUAGAAUAUCCUAUAUACUGUUACCUUAUGAUUCAUGCCUCUUUAUAGCUCACCAAGGUUAGCUAGAAAUUGCUUAUGCUAUCUCGACACGUACCAACUUGUCAUGAUCAUCUAUAUCAAUAAAAACUCUAGGACAUAAAUGAGAAUGUGAAGAAGAAUAGGUAUAGGACCCUGCUAUUUGUAUAGGAAAGAUAUACAUAUAUAGCUACAUAUGAAUAUACAUAUAAAAUACAUGAGUUGCUUGCAACAUACAUAGAAUGUCCCUGAAAAGAUAAAUAAGUAACUGAACAGUGGUUGCCUUUUGGGAGGGUACCGGGUAGCUGGUAGACUGGGGUGAGAGAGAGACUUAGGUUUUACCUUUGGGUCUUACUUAUGAUUUUGUACUAAUUAUAUGUACUGUAAAUUUUCUAAUCUCUAAUUUAAAACUGAAUAUGAGCAUUAUAUGUGUUGGGAGAAAAAUAUAAAAUGCAGCCUUGCUAAUGUCCUCUCAUGUUCUUACACACUGCAUAGGAAUGGUUUACAACAUGUGCAUCAUAUAUAAACUUUCUAAUGCACGCACACCACUGGGAUUUGGGUACCAGGGAGAUGUGAUUACAGUUACAGGUAUAGCAGAAAUGUGGAGAAAACAGUGAAGGGCAAGUUGUUGCUUAGAUAGGAAAAGAGGAUAAUUAGAUGGGAAUUUUAGAGCUGAGGCUGCAGAGGAUCUUGUGAUUCUUGAACUUGGAAGCCAGAGUUUAUUCCAGUCCAGGGAAACAACUCUUGUGCAUCUAAUUCCCAUUGGUCUACUGGGUCUUAAACAUUAUCAGCUCUGAAUUUUGAUUCAGCCUUGGGUUAAAAUUAAUAGAAAUUAUAGACUACACUGGCAUUAGGUGAUAUUUGAGAGGAAAGGGUUUUGUUGACCACGUCCUUUGAAAAUUCAGAGUACUCUGUUGGUUAUUGCCCUUCUCAGCAAGAUAAAGAGAAAAUUAUAUUCUGGAGCACUGUGGAAAUCAACUUGAUGAAACAAAGAGAAGAUUUAAGUUUAAAUAUCUAUUUCUGUUAAUGAUUUUUCAGGAGGGCACAAGAAGGUCUUUGAGAUAAUCCAAGUGUUAUUUAUUUUAAAAUCUCCCAUGGAUAUAAUGGUGAGCCUUGAAUGACUUCAUAGUUUAACAACCAGGUUUGUAUUAAGACCAUUCAUGUUUAAAGUGGUUAUUGAUAUAGCUGGAUUAAUUUCUACCAUAUUUAUAACUAUUUCCUAUUUGUUGCCCUAGUUCCUUGUUUGUUUUUUGGUGUUCCACUCUUUUCUUUCCUUCUCUGUUAUUUAUUUAUUUGUUUGUUUAUUUAUUUACUCAUGAGAAACACAGGGAGAGAGGCAGAGACCUAGGCAGAGGGAGAAGUAGGCUCCCAAAGGGAGCCUGAUGCAGGACCAAUCCCAGGACACUCCAGGCUUAUGCUCUGAGCCAAAGGCAGAUGCUCAACCAAGGAGCCACCCAGGCGUCAGUAUUUUAUUUAUCUAUUUAUCUAUUUAUCUAUUUAUCUAUUUAUUUAUUUAUUUAUUUAUUUAUUUAUUUAUUUAUUUAUGAGAGACACAGAGAGAGAGGCAGAGACAUAGGCAGAGGGAGAAACAGGCUCUUCGCAGGAAGCCCAAUGUGGGACUCGAUUCUGGGACUCCCAGCUCGAGCCCUGGGCUGAAGGCAGAUGCUCAACCCAGGCAUCCUCCUUGUCUGGUUUUAAUUGAGCAUUUUGUGAUUCUAUUUUCCCUCCUCCCUUAGGAUAUCAGCUAUACAUAUUUAAAAAAUUAUGUUUAGUGAUUGCUUUAGUAUACAUUUACCACUAGUCCAAACCCAUUUUCAAGUAAUACUGUAUCACUUCAUGAUUUUCAGUUCAGCUUUUAUAUUAUGAGAACUGGAGUGAUGACUUCUAAUCACUUUAUAAUAUCUGACCGAAAAUUGGGAGUACGGAUAUUAUUUUUAUUUUUCUCCUCUAUUUCUUUUGUGUGUUCAUUCAUUCAACAAAUAUUGGGUGCUUAUUAUGUACCAGAUACUGUUCUAAGCACUGGGGAUAUAGCAGUGGGAAAAAAGACAAAAAUUUCUGUCUUCAUAAACCUUGUAUUCUAGGGUAGAGAGAUAAUUAAAACAGACAAGAAGUCAGGUGGUGAUAGAUGGUAAGGAGAAAAAUAAAGAGAUCAAAGUGAUAGGUGAGGAUGAUUAGUGAUAGGUAGGACUGGGGUACUGAAAUUUUCUUUUCUUUUUAUUCAUUUACUUCUUGGGGGAGGGUACUGAAAUUUUAAACAGAAAUAGCUAAUACAACCAGCAAUAUAAAAGGGUAAGAAUAUUAAACUGCAAAGUGCUUUUAGGAAGAUACUCCUUUACAGACCCUAAAAAGCUGACACUUUAGGUCUUGAAAAACUUGUUUCCCAAAAAGGGGGAAAAGCUGCUGACUUUGUUUGAUGUUUACUAUUAUAUUUUACUGAAUUUGUCUUUAGAAAAAUUUCAUAGGUGGAACAGGUUUUACCAUUUUACACAUAGGUACAUAUGUACCACCUUGGGGCAAUAUAUUAUAUAUCCAUACUAUACAUAUACCACAUUUAUAAAGUAAUUAAUAGUAAGGUCAAGAAAGAGAGUUGAAGUAUAAACCCUCCUUCUGAACAGGUAGAAGAAAUUUACUAUAUCAUACUUAACUUCCUUUGUAUUGCAUCACAGUUAGAAUAGGAAAUCUUUAAGAAGGUCCCACUGAGACAGGCUCAUGGUACAGGGAAUAUACUGAAUUUGGGGUGGUUUAAGCAUAGUAUACUUGAGAAUUUUGUGAUUAUAAAAGAGUAAUACAGUUCAUUUGAAAACUAAGAUCUAUGUUGUUUAUUUCACAAUAUGAAACCAACCAAGCUUUAGGAAGUAGCCUCUAUAAUGAUAUUUUGUAUUUUUUUUCUUUUUUUUUUUAAAGAUUUUAUUCAUUUAUUCAUGACAGAGAGAGAGAGAGAGAGGCAGAGACACGGGCAGAGGGAGAAGCAGGCUCCAUGCAGGGAGCCCAAUGUGGGACUCCAUCCCCGGUCUCCAGGAUCAGGCCCUGGGCCAAAGAUGGCGCUAAACCACUGAGCCACUAGGGCUGCCCCAUGUAUUUUUCUUUUUAAAUUUUAUUUAUUUAUUCAUGAGAGAGACAGAGAGGCAGAGACACAGGCAGAGGGAAAAGCAGGUUCCAUGAAAGGAACCCGAUGUGGGACUCGAUGUGGGACUCAAUCCUGGGUCUCCAGGAUCAUGCCCUGGGCUAAAGGUGGCGCCAAACCGCUGAGCCACCUGGACUGUCCAAUGAUAUUUUGUUUUUACUCAUUCUUACAUGUUCCUGAAUGCAGUAUUUAAGGAAGAAAUUUCAUAGAUGAAUAGCAACUAUUUGGGAAAAGUAGCCAUAGGAAUCAAAUAAGUGUCUGGGCAAAGGCCUCUCAGAACAGUUAAGGUGGAUGAUGUGGGUUUAUGACAUUAAACUAUUAUAUUUUACUUUAUUAUUAUUUUUUAAUUGAAAUAAUAAAUUCUGUGAGGAUUUACGGGCCUGAUGUUCAGCUUUGCUUUUGGCCAAUGAACAUUUAAAUGCUUAUGGAAGGUAGGGGCCAGAAAAUAGCAAGGAAGAUAAUUAUGCUUUUAGAGAUACUUAGAAUUUGCCUAAUGGUUAUUCAUAACGGUAAAUUUAUCUUACAACAGCUCAAAUAUGUAGGUAGGAGAAGGAAAUCUUCAGGGAAAACCGGUAAUUUAAAAGUUUGUUA